AUGGCAGGAUCCCACGCGCCAGUAGAAAGGAUGGCGUCGAGGUGCACCCCCGCGACGGCGCGGGCCACGCUCGCGUUCGAGAUCGUUGGGUAUAGCAUGCAUAAGGGCAUGGGCGCCGGUAAAUUCAUCCAGUCACCCCGCUUCUCCGUUGGCGGGCACGAAUGGUGCGUCAGCUACUGCCCUAACGGAAUUCCGAUGGUUGACAUCAACAAGGACUACCUCUCAGUAUCCCUCGAGCUCCUGAGCAAGCGCGCUGAAGAUGUGCCGGCGCUCUUCGACUUGAGGCUCAUCAACAGGGCCACUGGGCUGUCUUCAUCGCGGCACUCCUGCUUGGAAUCGCCAAUGUUGUUUAAUUCUCUCGACCCUAGUAAGGACACAUUUGCCAUGGGGACCAUGCAGAAAAGCGACCUGGAAAAGUCUGCUCUACUACAGGAUGACUGCCUCAUGAUUGAGUGCGACCUAACUGUGAUCAAGGAGCCACUUGUUGACCAACCUGUGGAGGUCCAGAUGCCACCAUCAAACUUGUCUGAUAACCUUGGAAAAUUGCUAGAGACUGGUGAGGAAGCAGAUGUGAUAUUCAAGGUUAAAGGGGAGGUUUUCAUUGCGCACAAGAUUGUGCUUGCUAUGCGGUCGCCGGUCUUCAAGGCAGAGCUCUAUGGACCGAUGAGAGACAAGACGAGCCGGAAGAUAACUGUCAAAGACAUGCAGCCUGCUGUUUUCAAGGCAUUGCUGCACUUCAUCUACACGGAUUCGUUGCCUUCCAUGGAAGAUCUUGAUGAUGAUGAGAAUAAAGAAAUGGUUAAGCACUUGCUAGUGGCUGCUGAUCGCUAUGCAAUUGAAAGGUUGAAGCUGAUAUGUGAAGGCACUCUGUGCAGAAGUCUUGAUGUCGAAUCUGUUGCGACCAUAUUAGCUCUAGCUGAUCAGCAUCAGUGCAGCAGGCUGAAGGAUGCUUGUGUGGAAUUCGUCACCUCUUCAAAUAGAAUGGAUGAUGUGGUGGCAACCCAAGGGUAUGCGCACCUCAAAAGAUCAUGCCCUGCUGUCUUAGUAGAUAUCUAUGAGAGAGUAACAAAGUCCCGCAAAAUCUAGUAUGCUCAUCCUGGGUAAAAUUUAGAAUAGUUUAGCUUAAUUGACUUGUGGCAUCUAAGAUGAACUAGUCUUAUACUUUGAAUUUUCACUUUCUAGAGAACUUUUGUAAGAGUACCCAAGGCUUGCCAUGUCCUUUCCUAUUCAAACGUCAUUUGGAGCUCAUGUUGUGGCUUUUGGUGGAGAAUGAGUCUCUGUCUUCCAUGUAGUUAUUGGAUCAUCCUAUCCUAUGAAAUCAUGAAUCUUCACUAGUUCACUAGAUAUUUUCCAUCUUCUU